AAUUUUAUCAGAACAAUAAAAAAACGGGACAUCAAUCCGAUAUUGAUAGUAAACAUGACAUCCGAAACAUCGUCGCUCAACGAUGUAAAUUACGAACUUCCGGGAUGCGAAGCGAGAUCAAAUGAGUUGAUACAGUGGAGCUCGGACAAUGUAAUGUGUAGCCAGCGGAUUGGACUUUCAAAAACCGUCAGCGGAAACAAAGACGGUCAUGACAAUAUCUACCAAGAGCCGGCAAAUGACGGCUACUUGAGUCCGGAUAAUGGAAAAAAGGAUAACAGCAACGGUGCAGGUCGUUGCUUGACUAUCACAGUAGUUUUGCUUGCUGUGGUUGCGAUUCUUCUGGUUGUACUGGUCGUUGUGCUACUACUAUGGACUAUCUCAGCUACAAACGAAAUUUCUCGACUCCGAUCGGAUUUGGAUGAGGUCAAACAACAAUCGAAAAACGAGGACUCAAACUCUACGACUAAUGGGUCUGCUUCUUCUGAGGCACUUAUCGAACCGGAAUAUUUUCCGAACUCAGACGCUUUCACAGAAUCUACCAAGGUCUUCGAAAUCUCUCACGCCGCGCAAGCGCAGGAAUUGCAGGAUCCACAAGUCACCGGACAAGAAAGGGCGGAAAGGUAUUAUCAGAUACGCACACCUCUGAAUGUCUCGUGCUUAGUGAUGUAUCGCUUCGAUUUGGAGGGUUACUCGUACGGAGUCGCCAGGCCUCUUGAUCUAGUGUGGGUGGGGUAUCUUUACAAUAAUCAACGUGAACCAAAACAAACUUCUACAAUUGAUCGUAACAGCAUCGCUGGUUUGCAAAUGGGAACAAAAAUAG